GGGCGGGACCUCCCUCCCGGAAGUGACCCACGUGCGUCCGCUUUCCCUUCACCUGGCCUCCGCCUGCGCUCUCGGGGGGCCUGCCAGAAGUUGGGGGAUACCGGGGGUGGGCGCUGUCGCCUGCCCCAGGCUGUGCAGGCGGCCGGCGCUGCAGGACGGGGAUGGAUCCGCUCCGGGCUCAGCAGCUCGCGGCCGAGCUGGAGGUGGAGAUGAUGGCUGAUAUGUACAACAGAAUGACCAGUGCCUGUCACCGGAAGUGCGUGCCUCCCCACUACAAGGAAGCGGAACUGUCCAAGGGCGAGUCCGUGUGCUUGGACCGCUGCGUCUCCAAGUACCUGGACAUCCAUGAACGGAUGGGCAAAAAGUUAACGGAGUUGUCUAUGCAGGACGAGGAGCUGAUGAAGAGGGGUGACACUGUCUAACUGCCUGUGCCUCAGUAUGUCUUCUAUAGAAGGUAACCAACAAGUUACCUACUUCAUUGAGUGUAUUGGGAAAUAUUGGUAAAUAAAGCACUCAGAGUAACUAG